AGCCCUCCGUAUCACAUCUGGAGGAACCUCACUCACGGCAGCAUAUUACCUCGAGACCUUCGCAAACAGAGGUCACAAGUAGGUCACCAAAAAAGGACCACCAGCGGAACCAAGCCAAGCAAAAUAAUAAGAGAACAAAAACCAAAACAAAAACAAAGAAAACACUUACGACCACCUAGACCACCUCGACCACACGACCAUGGACUCCAUACCAAGAGGUCUGGUUCCUAUGGCCGUCGACGCCGCGCAAGACCCCGACGCAUUUCUGGGAAGUUCGACGUCGGCGAGCACAGACGCCCCCGAGGGAAAUGAGUACGAUCUCCGCUUGCCAAACUGGGUGGAUUUCUUGGUGCUUGGCCUGUACUUCGCCUUCGUGCUUGCCAUUGGCUUGUAUUCGUCAUGGCGGACAAAGAGAGGCAGUGUUUCCAGCUAUUUUCUGGCUUCCAGAAACAUGCACUGGAUCCCGGUCGGCGCUUCCCUCUUCGCGAGUAACAUCGGCUCUGGUCACUUCAUCGGGUUGGCUGGGUCGGGCGCCGCGUCGGGCAUCGGUAUUGGCGCCUUCGAGCUCAAUGCGAUCUAUGUGCUUAUGCUGCUCGGUUGGAUUUUCGUCCCUGUGUACAUGAGUUCAGGAGUUUACACAAUGCCCGAGUAUCUUAGGGAACGAUUUGGAGGCCAGAGAAUUAGGAUUUACCUUUCUGUCUUGGCUCUAAUCUUAUACGUCUUCACUAAAAUUUCGGCCGACCUGUAUGCGGGGGCACUCUUUAUCCAAACAGCCCUGGAUAAAGGAGACUCUACCGAAUGGCUGUACCUCAGUAUCCUUAUCCUGCUGGCUAUUGCGGCGCUGUUCACUAUAACCGGGGGACUGACGGCGGUUAUAUGGACCGAUUUUGUGCAGACUAUUUUGAUGAUCAUCGGCGCCUUCAUAUUGAUGGGGAUGUCUUUUAACGCGGUCGGCGGCUACAAUGCCCUAGUGACCGACUACUUCCACGCGAUUCCGACGAACACAGUGUAUUCGGGCGACAACCUGACGAACUGUGGCGAGCCUCCUGCCUACGCCAUGGAUUUGUUCCGGUCCAUUGUGCCCGGGGAGUCGGAUCUGCCUUGGACGGGCAUGCUCUUCGGGGUCACCAUCUCGGGCAUUUGGUACUGGUGCACGGAUCAGGUGAUCGUGCAAAGAACUCUCUCUAGUAAGAACAUGGUCCACGCCAAGGCUGGCUGUGUCCUGGCUGCCGCUUUGAAAUUCCUUCCAAUGUUCCUUCUGGUGUUCCCGGGAAUGGCAGCUAGGAUCCUCUUCCCAGACCGCGUGGCUUGCGUCGUGCCAGAGGAGUGUGAUGCAGUGUGUGGGAGUACCGCUGGGUGUACGAAUAUCGCUUAUAUCGAGUUGGUGCUUCGACUUCUCCCGACGGGUCUCUGUGGUCUGAUGUUGGCUGUGAUGAUGGCCGCUCUCAUGUCCUCCCUCACCUCCAUCUUCAACUCGGCCUCGACCAUCUUCACCAUCGACAUCUGGACGAGGAUUCGACGAGGCGCGACAGACAUCGAGCUCCUCAUCGUCGGCAGGGCCUUCGUCCUCGUCCUCGUCGUUAUCUCUGUCAUCUGGAUUCCUGUUAUCCAGGGCUCGGCAAAUUCCCAGUUGUUCGUCUAUAUCCAGAGUAUUUCGUCGUUCUUAUCUCCUCCAAUCUGCGCUGUCUAUCUCCUCGCUAUCUUCUGGCCAAGAACCACGGAACCGGGAGCUUUCUGGGGUCUGAUGAUUGGCUUACUUAUCGGCCUUAUCCGCUUCAUCAUGGAAUACGCCUUUGUCGUCCCCCCAUGCGGAUCACUAGAACCGGAUCCUCGACCGGAAUGGAUCAAAAUCGUGGUCGGAAAUGUCCACUAUCUUCACUUUGGUUGCAUUCUGUUCGUGAUCGUCCUCGCGGUGACGGUGGUCGUGUCCUAUCUCACCGAGCCUAUCCCUGAGGAAUGCCUCCACCGCCUCACCUUCUGGACGCGAAGCAGCACGGAGGUCCGAGUGUCCAUCCGCGAGUGGUCGAACCGGAAGAAGAACGCCGCUGCCUAUACGAACGAGGUCGUGGCGGAGAACGGCGGCGGGGAGGUCGUUCCGGAGAAGGAGGAAGCGGGAACGGAGGUCGUGGCGAAGAAAUAUGCAGAGCACACUUCGUCGGUGUCGAGCAGCGGGGAAGAUCUUCCCUUGUGGCGGAGGGCUCUCAACUGCGUGUGCGGGGUCGAGACGCAGAAGGUGUCGCAGGCGCAGGAGGAGGAUCCCGAGGACCACCUCACGCCAGAGCAGAAAGCUACCAGGGCGGCCGAGUUCUUGCAGGAGAAGAGGCCUUGGACGAAUGUUGUAGAUGGCGCCUCUAUACUGGUCAUGUGCAUCGCUGCGUUCAUGUGGGGUUACUACGCCUAAAAUAACACUGGUUUAGACUGUCGUGUGUUAUUAGGCCUCAAAUAAUGGUCACACUGGUCUAGACUUCCGCGUGUUCGAAUCACUUUGUACAAAGAAAACUAAAAAAAGAAGAAGAAACAGGGGGGAGGAAGGGAGGAUAGGAAGAAGAAGAUGGUGUACAGAGAACAAGAGAGAAGGAGACGGGAAAGAAAGAGUGGGAGAAGAAGGUGAUGGAAAGGUAGAGGAAGAAAGAAGAUAAUGGAAAAUAUGAGAAAAAAUGUUCUGCAAGGAGAAAUAUGUAUAGGAUUAACAAAGCUCACUAGUAUAAUUCGUAUUUUGAUAUAAGUUGUAUAUUCAAAAUGUGUAAAAAAAAAAAAUAACAAUUUUGAUUAUCCACUGCAAGUAUAUUGUACAUUUUCUUACGUCUGAAAUGAAUGUUGUAACAUUAAAAAAAAAAAAAAAUAUAUAUAUAUGUGUGUGUGUGUGUGUGUAUGCUUUGUGUGUAUUUAUGUAAAUAAAGUACGACCAAACAAGA